GAUAUUGUACUCACAGUUCUUAUAGCGAGUUCUAAUAGUAUUAUUUCUAAAAUAUUUUUUUUAUAAAAUUAUUAAUUUACAUUUAACAUCAUGAAAUUGUUGGUAGUAUUUCUUUUGGCGACAUUUUUUACAAUAAACAUAUGUAUGAGCGCUCACUGUCAUCACGAAGGUGAACAAAGUCAUCAAGAAGAUGGUGCUGAUCACACUGGCCAUAACCACGAAGCUCACGAGAGCCACGAAGGAGGUGACCAUACAGGCCAUACUCACGAAGGAACUGAUCACGUAGGACAUGAUCAUUCAACUGAAGAUCACACUGGCCACAACCACGAAGGACAUAAACACUCUAAAUAAUAAUUAAUAUGCUAAGCAUACAAAUGUAUAACAAUACGACAGUCAAAUAUUAAAUUAAUAUUUCAUU